CGUGAAUCCAAUGAAGAUAGAGCACAAGCCGACGAGCACGAGCUUCGAGUAGAUGUAUGACGGAGUCCGCCAGUAUUGGAACCAGACCCUUUUGAACACUUCGUUGAACUGGGUCCCGAGCGGAGUCGCGAACAGCUCGUAGCCCGCAGCGGAGUCGCCGCUGUCUUCGAUCUGCGACAGCUCGGCAACCAUCUGGUCAAACUCUUCCCGCACCUGGGCGCGUUCUUCGCUGGCCUUCCAGACCUCGGGCCAGUCUUGUGCAGACUUGUGGCCACGUGCGGCGCCGAUGACUUCCAGCAUCCAUUCCGCGGGAUUGGCCUCGGGGGGACAAGGACUUGCUCCGUACUUCUCAAAGUAGUUCGUCAGCACGCUCGAGUUUUCGCCGAUCUCGCCAAAGUAAACCGUCCUGCCGCCACGAGCCAAGAAGAGCAGCCGAUCAAAUUCUUGCAUGAGCACGGCACUCGCUGUAACAAAUGUUCAAUCCCUGUGCAGAAAUAACAUGGCAGGAGCACGAACGCUGAUGGAUGGUCGACAGGAUGGCCUGACCGUGAUUGGCAAGCUUGCGCAUCAGUUGACAGAUAGACCAGGCCGUUUGCGAGUCGAGACCACUCGUGGGCUCGUCGAAGAACACCAGAAGCUCCGGCUUGGCCACCAGUUCGACGGCGAUGGUCAACCGCUUACGUUGCUCCACGUUCAGACCCUCGCCAGGGACACCGACCAGGGCAGCGGAAUAGGACUCCAUUUCCAGCAGCUCGAUGACCUCAUCCACGUACGCCAGCUUCUCAGCCUUGGGGAUCGAUUUGUGCUGACGGAGCAUGGCGCUGAAUUCGAGCGCCUCCCGGACAGUGGAAGUAGCCAGGUGCAGAUCUUGCUGUUGGACAUAGCCUGUCUUGCGUUGGAAAGACUGAUCCCGUUCCCGGCCAUUGACAAGCAUCUCGCCCGACACGACUCCUAUCGUAACACGAGUAGCGAGAACAUCCAAGAGCGUCGUUUUCCCUGUAAAAGAAGUCAAAAUGACGCACAAACAACGAACGCAAACACAAGACGCACCGGCACCACUGACUCCCAUCAGCGCAGUCAGCGUCCCGGGCUUGACCCAACCAUCGACGUGAUCCAACAGCCGCCUGUCGGUGCCAUCCUGCAGCUUGAUGUCAUAGCAGACGUCUUUCCACAAGAAGAUCUUCUUCUGCGCGUGGAUUUUCGGUUCCUCAGCAGACGACUUCCCGGCCUGCAGUCCAACCGUCUUCUCGCUCGAAGUCCCAUCCUCGGCAUCAGCGGCCCGACGCUUGGCAGGAAGGUGCCCGCGGAGGAAGACCAGAAUUUCGCCCUUGGAUUUGAGCGCAGAGAUGUACUCGGUGGUAAGCAGAUGGACACCACAGAAGACAACCUACGGGACGGAGCAUUAGACCCUGAAGAACAGAAGGGGACGGAAAACUUACAAUGAAGGCCAGAAGGAUGCCAAAGUUGCGCCAGAGAUGCCCGUGAACGUAACUGAACGAAGCCAGGAGGUAGUCUGAGCCCUCGACGUAAGGGAGCCCAGCGCGAGAGCCAGUGGUCGAACAGAUUCGGUUGGCGUCCGAAACGUUGGCAUACGCCGGACCUGCGGGCACAAAGUUGCCGCAAGGAUAGCGCUGUCCAGAGAACUCGUUGACCAUCACUGGUGGCACCAUUAGUUCGAAACACAGUGAGAUCAAUGCAAGCGAGACCAGCCAUGCAUGCUGGUCACCGGGAUCGCAAAACCGGUGUACAUGACCAGCCCCAGAAUAAACAGGGCCGUGGGCGUCAGCGCCUGGAUGAGAGACCGGGACAUCGAGGCAAUCGAUCGGAAAAUCAUCGACAUCACAAAUGUACACGUAACCGAGAACAGAUAGAAGAUGAAGAACGCUCCAGGUUCUCGUCGAAGAUUAGUCAUGAAGUAAAGUGUAAGGUUGACGACUAUGGCGGACUAUGAGAUCGCAGGCGCACAUACGAGAUAUAAAACAUACCGGUGGCGGUAAUCAUUUUGACUGGAAUGUCGCAUAUCAUAGACGAGAUAGCCUCCGCAAAUCUGUCCUAGGCUUAGAACGGGAAAUGACGGUGGCAAGACGGCACCUACGGAUGGUACAGAGCGUAGGCAGUGUGUUUCUCAACGAUAGGUCGUUGACCGUAAAGUGUG